GGUCGACCACCCUCCCCACCCCGGGGGCCUUGUGUACCCGAUCUGCCGAUCCGCCGCCUCUUGGGCCAACACGGUGUUAUUUUACGGCCAAGUCAGAGGCAGUGGCAGCACUUCCCCGCCGACUGUGGGAACGCUCUGUCGUGUCGCGGGCACGUGUCGAGGAGACAGUCGUGUUUAUAACCGGUCACUUCACAGAACCUCAGGUGGGUCAUCCUAUUCGCCUCAGGCUUGUCGUGACUAUGCUUCAACUAGAUCCCUACACGGGCAACAGCCGCAAGUUGGUCAUUUCCAUCGACAUCGGCACGACGUACAGUGGUGUCGCCUACUGCGUCUUGGACCCUGGUGAGGUGCCAAAAGUCUUGAGUGUUACACGUUUUCCCGGACAAGAGGGGGAAAACAAAUCGAGGGAUGUAAAGAUACCUUCCGUCCUCUACUACGACCAGCAGGACCAGCUUCGCGCUGUAGGAGCAGAGGCAACCUUGCAAAGUACCAAGGAGGAGGCGUAUACGCAAGAGUGGAACUACGUCAAAUGGUUCAAGCUCCAUUUUCGGCCUGCGUCGAUUCUCCCCGGCGCAAUAUUACCUCCGAUUGACGUUGAUAAACCUGUCCUUGAAAUCUUAGCGGACUAUCUGGCCUACGUUUCCCAAUGCGCGAAGGAUUUCAUCUCACAAAGCAACCCCAUUGGUCGACAGAUUUUGAACUCCAACACCCCCAUCGACUUCGUGCUUACUCAUCCCAAUGGGUGGACGGGUCCACAACAAAACAAUAUGAGGCGUGCCGCUGUUCUGGCCAAUCUGGUACCCGAUACCAGCGAAGGCGCUGCAAGGGUCCAGUUCGUCACGGAAGGAGAGGCAAGCCUCCAGUUUUGCAUCGCGACCGGUCUAGGGGACGACGUCAUCCGGAGAGAUAGCUAUGUGACGAUAGUCGAUUGCGGCGGUGGUACCAUAGAUCUAAGCACCUACCGUGUUGUCGACAACCGACCCAUUGCCGUGGAGGAGAGUGCUGUUCCCGAGUGUCUGAUACAGGGCUCAACCAUGGUCAAUCGUCGAGCUGAAGAGCUGCUGAGAGAGAAGCUCAGACUAUCCCGCUUCUCGACCAAUGAUGAUUUCGACGCAAUGAUGGCAAACUUCGACACUAUGACCAAGCCGACGUUUCGCGACCCUUCCACGACAUCCUACGUCAAAUUUGGAGGCCCGCGCGACACAGAUGAGAGCUUCAAUAUUCGACGCGGUAUUCUUUCGUUGUCUGGCUCGGACAUGGCGUCUCUCUUCCAGCCGUCAGUCAGUGCUAUCAAGGCCGCUAUCGACGCGCAACUGUCGGGAGUUGAUCUAAGCCUCGCUACGUUGCUCCUCGUGGGAGGUUUCGCUACAAGCCCAUUUCUACGCGCGGAGCUGCAGGCGCACGCGGAUGGGAAGGGUUUGCGGAUGUAUUCACCAGAAGGUCAAACCUCGAAGGCGGUGGCCGAGGGUGCGCUUUGGUUUUACCUCGAUAAUCGUGUUCGCGCCAGAACGGCAAGGUCUACAUACGGUUCUUCGUGCUCGCAGUGGUAUCAGCCAUCAAAUCCAGAGCAUAUUAAACGCAAACAUAAACUCCCCACCAUCGCAAAUGGGUCCUUGGUUUUGUCAUCGGGCUUCGCCUUGCUAGUACGGCAGGGGACAUCAGUCACGGAAACGACAGAGUUUAGCUUCCAGUUCGCAUCUUACUGCAAGGAAUCCGACGAACUCUCCCUCUCUGCUAAUGUGUUAUCUUAUCGGGGAAUCAAGGCGAAUCCUACGUGGGAGGACGAGGAACCUGACAUGUUCACUGUACUGUGCCGAAUCAAAGCUACACCCGCUGCGAGCUCGUGGAUGCGGGGCAAUGGCCCAGUUGGGCCAUAUAGGUGGCAGAACUUCGAUGUCAUUUUGCUUUUAGGCUUGACUGAGAUGCGAGCCCAAAUCGGUUGGUGGGAGAAUGGUGUGCAGCUGAGGAGUCCCGCCACUGUCGUCUACGACCUUUGAUCAGUAGAGGGUGCCAGGAAGCUGUUGACGAGAUACAUUCUUCGCGGUACUAUCCACGCUACGUCGACAUCUAGCAUACUACUCGGACUCGGAUGAUGCAGGCUGAUGCAGGCCAACGUGCCUUUCGUUGUUGCGCCAAGCAAUCCGAAUUGAAUUUCUCACCACUGUUUUCAUUGCAAUAGUCCACACAUCCGAGUGCGGUCCGCUGCCCCCAAUGUAUUGUCACAGCAAAUCUGGGAGCUGUUGCGAUUCUCAGCUGCGGCGCACACGUUAACGUUCAGCAUUGGUUCAGUAGUCGAACGUCCGCAGUUGCCUUCUAUGGGUGGGCACGAGGUGUCCAGUAUCAGUCGCCACCAGUGCCGCUUCCGAACUAC